UGUUUGGGGUGCUCUCCUCACAUUUGGGGUGCUCUCCUCACAUUUGGGGUGCUCUCCUCACAUUUGGGGUACCCCUGCCCCCCCAGUUUGAGGAGCUGAAGCGGCGGCGGCUGCAGGACCCCAAUGUUGGGGUGUCCCGGACCCGGCUGUGCCUGCACAACCUCCCCAAGGCUCUGGACACCGGGGGGCUGCGAGCGCUGCUGAGGGACAGACUGACACCCCCGGGGGGGACAGCACCCCAAAUCACAGAGUGCCGGGUGAUGCGGGAGCUGCGGGGCCAGGGCCGAUCUUUGGGGUUCGCCUUCGUGGAGUUUGGGGAGCACGAGGAGGCUCUGGGGGCCCUGCGCUGCCUCAACAACAACCCCGAGCUCUUCGGGGCGCACAAGCGCCCGAUCGUGGAGUUCGCUCUCGAGGACCGGCGGAAGCUGCGGCUGCGGGAACAGCGGAUCCAGCGGGGGCUGCUCAAGGCCAAGGCCAAGGCCAAGGCGGCCGCGGGACCCCCAGAGCCUCCCCAGGGACCCCCGGAUCCCCCCCGGGGGCAGCCAGAGCCCCCCCCCGCGGGUUCGGGGGGACCCCGGGCCCCCCCCAGGACCCCCUGGGCCGGGUUCCAGACGCAGGGCCCGGGGCAGGGGGGGGCUCCCGGCGCCCCCCGCAACAAAGUGCUGGCAGUGCCCUCCCACCGCGGCCCCAAAAUCAGGAAACGGGACCGGCUUCAGGCCCAGCCCCCCCCGAAGCCCCCCAAAGCCCCCCGGGGCUCGCGGCGGCGGCGGGAGAAGCUGCCCCUCCCCCAGGGCCGGCGCCGGGGGGGCCCCGGGGGGGCCGAGGUUCGGUUCCAGGAGCUGGUGGAGAGGUACAAGAGGAAGAUUCUGGGGAGCGACCCCCCCACGGCCCGGGGGGGAAAAUGGUUCGAGAGCUGAGACCCCCCCCGGGCACCCCAAAACAUCCUCGGUACCCCAAAACCAUCCUGGCACCCCAAAACCAUCCUGGUACCCCAAAACACCUUCUGG